GGAGAGAGGAGGCUGCAACGCCGAGCGGAGGAGGCAGGAACCGGAGCGCAAGCAGUAGCUGGGUGGGCACCAUGGCUGGGAUCACCACCAUCGAGGCGGUGAAGCGCAAGAUCCAGGUUCUGCAGCAGCAGGCAGAUGAUGCAGAGGAGCGAGCUGAGCGCCUCCAACGAGAAGUUGAGGGAGAAAGGCAGGCUCGGGAACAGGCUGAGGCUGAGGUGGCCUCCUUGAAUCGUAGGAUCCAGCUGGUUGAAGAGGAGCUGGACCGUGCUCAGGAGCGGCUGGCCACUGCCCUGCAAAAACUGGAAGAAGCAGAAAAAGCUGCUGAUGAGAGUGAGAGAGGUAUGAAGGUUAUUGAAAACCGGGCCUUAAAAGAUGAAGAAAAGAUGGAACUCCAGGAAAUCCAAGUCAAAGAAGCUAAGCACAUUGCAGAAGAGGCAGAUAGGAAGUAUGAAGAGGUGGCUCGUAAGUUGGUGAUCAUUGAAGGAGACUUGGAACGCACAGAGGAACGAGCUGAGCUGGCAGAGUCCCGUUGCAGAGAGAUGGAUGAGCAGAUUAGACUGAUGGACCAGAACCUGAAGUGUCUGAGUGCUGCUGAAGAAAAGUACUCUCAAAAAGAAGACAAAUAUAAGGAAGAGAUCAAGAUUCUUACUGAUAAACUCAAGGAGGCAGAGACCCAUGCUGAGUUUGCUGAGAGAUCAGUAGCCAAGCUGGAAAAGACAAUUGAUGACUUGGAAGAUAAACUGAAAUGCACCAAAGAGGAGCACCUCUGUACACAAAGGAUGCUGGACCAGACUCUGCUUGACCUGAAUGAGAUGUAGAACACCCCAGUCCCACCCUGCUGCUUCUCCUCCCUCUGACCCAGACUCCGCCUGAGGCCAGCCUGCCCGAAGCUGACCUUUAACUGAGGGCUGAUCUUUAACUGGAAGGCUGCUUUCUCCUUUCACCGCCCCCUCCUUCCCUGUGUCUUUUUCGCCAAACUGUCUCUGCCUCUUCCCGGACAUUCCAGCUGGGCUAGAGGCUGAGCACCUCUGGAAACAACAUUUAAGGGAAUGUGAGCACAAUGCAUAAUGUCUUUAAAAAGCAUGUUGUGAUG